CGCACCAUUCCGCAAUAAGCGUCUUUCUGACAACGUAGCAAACACAAUGGCGAGUAAAUUUCCAGCAUCUGACGACUUCGACGAGCAGUUCCUGACGUGCUCAAUCUGCAUGAGGUACUUUCAGGACCCCAGAGUCCUGCCAUGUCUGCAUACAUUCUGUAGGGAGUGUCUGAAAGAAUGGGCCACCAAACAACAGCCGCUGGAGUGUCCAACCUGCCGCACACAGGUCAGUCUGCCAGACCAAGGUGUGGACGGACUCAGGACCAACUUCUACGUCAACAACCUGCUGGACUUCGCGGCGGCCAAGAAAGGAGCGGAGCCCGGUGUGCCAUGUCAGGUGUGUGAGGGGAACGUAGAGGGGUCUAAGUCUUGGUGUGCGGAUUGCGCCAUUUUAAUGUGUGAGUCUUGUACUAUGUUACACCGUAAGUUUCCAUAUGCGAAAGAUCACGAAGUCACUACGGAAGAAACCCUAAAGGCAGAGGAGGGUAGGAGCAAAUUCCAUCGCAAACGACACUGCGACAAACAUAAGAACCAAGAACUGGUCUUCUACUGUGAGAGCUGUAGCGCUUUGGUUUGUACAGCGUGUACUGUUGUCGACCAUCGGCCUGGUAAAGAUCACAACCCGGUAGAAAUCACCACCGUCGCUCAGAGAAGAAAAGAGAAGUUACAAAGUCUCCUGCAAGACAUAGACCCACGUCUGAAAGAAAUUCAGGCAUCAGUUAAGGAAGUUGAAAGGAAGUUGUUAAACUUAGCACCCUCUAAAGAAGCAGCUACAGACCAAGCCAAGGCGUAUUUCCGCCAACUUACGGACCUACUGAAAAAGCGUGAAAAGGAGAUUUUGAGCCACAUUGACGAACAAUGCCGGGCCGAUGGCAAGGCUCUACAGACAAAGAAGGAAGCGAUCGAGUUUGAGUUGGCCGGACUGACGAGCGCACAGACGUUCUGUCAACAAGCUGUAGAACACGGAAGUGACGUACACAUUCUGGAGGUGGGAAACCAAGUCCAAACAAGGGUAGAAACUCUGCUGGCGAAACAACUGGACCUGGAGUCCGACUGGAGCGAGUUUCAGUUCGUCGAGAACACGGCUGUCUCGGACUUUGAGAAAGAAGUUCAAGGCUUGGGUGGCGUCAACACUAAUGUCGAUGUUUCGAAGUGCGAAGUUGCUAUAAAGCCAGCAGUUCAGGGAUGUCAGUGUAUCGCUGAACUGACGACAAUGGACCAAGAGGGCCGUCCUUGUGUUACGAACAGUAAAGCCGUCACAGCUGACAUGAAGGACCCGUCUGGGAUGGACGUCCCGACACAGGUACAGAUAAAGAGUUGGGGCAAGUUGGAAAUUUCGUACGUUCCCAAGGUCACGGGUGACCACAGGUUAGAGGUCAAGGUCAACUCACAACAAGUGCCAGGAUGUCCGUUUGAGUUUGAUGUAAAGGAGAACCCCGUGUUGGCUAGCCUGACUAAAAUCGCGCUCGUAGGGGCCGGCCCUAGGAGACUCCUAGGAGAGGAGGUCAUUAAGCCCAGCCAGCGAGAGCUUGUCGGGGUGGGGGAACUGGACGGACCGGUAGGGGUCGCCGUUGACAAGGACGGCAAUAUCGCAGUGGUGGAACAGGGGAACAAGCGGGUUCAGAUAUUCGAUGCCGACACAGUUCUGAAGGACGGCCUCAUUGUGGUGGUGCACCGUCCUAAGCAGAAGUCGUGUCUCCUCCUGCAGCCUGACGGGAGCCUCAUCCGGGAGAUCGGCAAGGGGCAGCUACAGAGACCGCUGUUCGUAUCCGUAGACGAGUCACGUGAUGUUAUGUACGUCACAGACAAGAGCGCUCACAAAGUAUUCGCCUUUGACCUUGACGGAAACCUAAAGUUCGAUUUUGGAAGCGAAGGGCAGAAUGAUGGUGAAUUUCAAAAUCCAGAAGGAGUUACAGUAGACCAGGCAGGUAACAUUAUUGUGAGUAACGCAGGUAACGGUCGUGUGCAGGUGUUCGGGCCAGACGGAACUUUCAAAAGGAAACACCGCAACAUGGCGAGUAACAUGCCAGACGACUUUGACGAUCAGUUCCUGACAUGCCCGGUAUGUAUGCUGCACUUCCGGGACCCCAGAGUCCUGCCAUGUCUGCACACAUUCUGUAGGGAGUGUCUGAAAGAAUGGGCCACCAAACAACAGCCCCUGGAGUGUCCAACCUGCCGCACACAACCUGACGGGAGUCUUAUCCGGGAGAUCGGCAAGGGGCAGCUAGAGACGCCAGUGUGUGUCACGGUAGAUGAGUCACGUGAUGUGAUGUUCGUGACAGACGACAGCGCACACAAAGUAUUCGCGUUUGACCUUGACGGAAACCAAAUGUUCGAUUUUGGCAAGGAAGGACAGAAUGUUGGGGAGUUCAAAAGUCCAGAAGGUGUCACAUUAGACACGGCAGGUAACAUUAUUGUCGUGAGCCAAGGAGACGGCCGUCUGCAGAUGUUCGGGCCAGACGGGACUUUCAAACGGACUGUGGCAACUGUUAAGGGCGGAAACCCUCAUGGAAUCGGACUUACCCCUGACGGCUACAUAGCAGUAGCAUGUUUCGCGGGACAUCGAAUAGAACGGUACAGGUACAUGUGA